UUACCCACCACAGAUUGUCUCAACAAGAAAACAUAAAAUUAAAAAUUAAUUUAAAAGAAAAUGUCGUUGUGAAUUUUAAUGAAAAUAACACUAUAAUUACAACCUGUUGAGUAAAAUAAACGCUACACGCGUAAACAAAAAACCAUAAUUGUUUGUGUACUGGGAUAACAACCAUCAAAUGGAAUUAUACAUACAUAUGUAUAUAAAGACUUGUUAAUGAAACAUGGAUCUGCCAGUGCCUGAGAGCUGCAUACUCUGUCUGGAGGAGCGUUCCCCGACUCAGCAGCAAUAUAUGGAUGUUUACUCUGCGAAGAGUGCAGAGCUCAAUGUGCUGCAGAUAAUCAACAAACAUUUACCCAUCCAACUAGCGGCGGACAGUGAGGAAAUGCGUAAAAUGUGCUCCAUCUGCUGGAAGACAAUCUCUGCCUUUCACACGCUCUACGAUUUCGUGAGUGCCACGCAAAACUCGUUGCGGGAGACGAAAGUAUUGAUGAUGGAAGAUGAUCCAUUGACGCAGAGCAAUGUCAAUGAGAGUGCUAAGCAGAGUGCAGAUCAAACGGAACUGAAUGGUCGCAACUUCUUCUAUCCGGAGGUAAAGAUCGAGGAGCAUGAGUUGGAGCAGUUGCCAAAAAUCGAGGUGCUAGAGAGCAGCACAAGUCUGCAAACUAUCGAUCUCGAUCCAUCGCCAGCACGACGUUUAAGGAAGCGUGUUAAAGCGGAGGCCGAACCAUUAAAUUCCAGCACUGAGUUGUGUGAGAUUAAUAAUGGUGAAGCAAUUGCAGCAACAGCUGAUGAAACUGAGCCGCCCAUUGCGCCCAAGAAACGUCGUGGACGACCACGCAAAACUGAGUUGCCGAAGGAAAUCCCCGAGGCAGAGAUCAAAGUGGACAAACCCGCGGAAUUGGAGUCAGACUUCAAAAUGGAGCAACAAGCCGAUUUCAGUGACGAUGAUCAAGAUUUCACCUGCAAUUUCGAUGAUGAGCUUGCUGCCCACAGUAACGGGAGUAGCGACGAAACGUCCGAGAGUGAUGAUGAUGACUCAGACUUUGAAAUGGACAGACCAGCCGAGUUGACAUUUGCCGUGAUACCGAAGCGAACGCCUGUGCGUCCCAAGAAGUACAAGAAGCGAGCAAAGCCCAGCGAGCCAAAGGUGCGCAUGUCACGGGAACUGUUGGAUCAGCGGAAGAAACAGCAGGAGGAGUACGAUGGCAUCAUUGCCAAGUUCUUCAGUGUCCUGCCCUGCUCCAUAUGCAAUCUGGUAGUGCACAACUUUACGGAGAUGCAACGCCAUCAUCGACUCACACAUCAGGUCGAUCCGGGCUAUAUGAUCUGCUGUGGUCGCAAGUUUACGCAACGCAAAGUGCUCGCCGAACAUGUGCUGGUUCACUGGAAUCCCGAGCAUUUUAAGUGCAUCACCUGCGAAAAGGCAUUCCAGAACUCACGGCACCUGGAGUCGCACCAACAGGUGCACGUGGCCAAGGUGUCCUUCCAAUGCGAUCUAUGCUCCAAGGUGUUCCUCAGUAAAACGGCAAUCGACUAUCAUAAACUGAACAAACAUGUGCCCAAAUCCGAAUUCAAAUUCACAUGCGCCGAGUGCGGCAAAAAAUUCCUGACUGAGCGUAAGCUGAAGAAUCACAUGAGCUCCAUGCACGAUCCGGAAAGCAUCAUUAUUUGCGACAAGUGCGGCAAACAGAUGCGCACUAAAAUCAUAUUAAAGAAGCAUCAGGAGCUGAUGCACUCGAAUACUCCGCGACCGGAGCCGGAGCUAAAGCAGUGUCAAGUCUGCGGAGCCUGGCUCAAGGGCAUGACGGGACUGAAGCAGCACAUGAAGAGCAUACACGUCGAAAGUGCUGGCGAGCAUCGUUGCCAUGUCUGCAGCAAAAUCUCACCCAAUGCUCGUGCCCUGCGUCGUCAUAUCUAUCACAAUCAUGAAUGCGAGCGUAAAUUUAAGUGUACCAUGUGUGACAAGGCUUUCAAGCGACCUCAGGAGUUAAAGGAACACACAUCAACGCACACGGGAGAAGUGCUGUACACCUGUCCAAACUGUCCAAUGACGUUCUUCUGCAGCGCCAAUAUGUACAAGCAUCGACAGCGUUUGCAUCGCGCCCAAUACGAGGCGGACAAGAAUCAGCCAAAGCCGCCUAACAUAUUGCAACAGGCGGUGGGUGCCACGGCGGCCAUGAAGAUUAAACUCAUGCAGAACUCCAGUGCAGCCAGCAUAGAAUCAGACAUGAAGCAUUUCUAGAUCAUAAAUCAGCGAUUAGUCUAUACCCAUUACUGUAGUUGUAGUCUAUCUAUAGUUUUGUAAAGUUAAACGAAAGAAACAGUAAAGUACAGUCGAUGUCGACCACUUUUCGUAUAUACUUUUAUAAUCUCAUAUCUAUGCUUAUCAUGUUGAACUCACAAAUGAAUUGUGGAUUGGAUUUAUGGAGAUGCCAUUUCAGCAGACAGUCAGAUAUGAUAAUUACCAAUUGUAGAUAAAUACAAUAAAACUGCGAGCCGUCUGAUUAGUUUGAUUGCGAUGACGUCCAUAGGUAAAAGUCUGAAUUUCCAGUUUGAUUUUGAUACUUUUGCGGCUGCUCUAUAAUGGGAGGUUGGCGAAACAAUUGGAUUCUACGAAGAUAUGGAACUGAUUUAGGUGGACUUUUUGGCUCCAUCAGUGACAACAUGAGUCUGUCGCCAUUUAUCUCUACAGAGGUAUACCAGAUGAAAUACACAUCAACCAAGGAACAUUUUGUCCUCAACAGCAAUAAGAAAACAUCAUCCAUUAAAUAAUUAAUAAUAUCCAAUGUUCCAUUCCAGUUAUCUAUAUUUCCGCUAAACAAGUUUUAAGCGAUCAAAAGAUCUGUUGACAAAUUGAAAACAAACAAUGUUGGAAUGUCUUUCUUUCUUUAUAAUUAUUUACAAGGAUGACUUAACUGCACCUUAUAUAACGCAUUUGACAUUUACAUAAUUUGCAUAAUGCAUAAAUUUAAAAUAUAUAUUUAUAGGAUACUGCAAGAUUUUUUUCUUUUUUUUUUGUUAUAAUUUUCUUAAGUUUUUACACAUUUAGAGUUUGUUUUGUAGCAGUAGCAAACAGUGAAAAUACUUUAAAACUUUACAUACAAAUAUUAUUGUUCUGUUCUCAUUUCAAGUGCAUUAAGUAGUCCUUUCAAACAAAAAAUUACGUAGAACAAGUUGCCUCACAAGUAUGUAAAAAAUAUACAUUUACUUUCUUUGCUUUAUAACGUGGAUUCCUCGAGGCAGCGCCCAAAGCUUCAUAACGUUUAUUGAUUCUUGAUCUCAAUCUCGUUGUGGGUUCUGUUCGGCUGAUGGAAACUCUGUGUAAAGUUUCACAAUUUCCAAAAGUUUUUUUUUUUAAAUUUUGUAACAUGCGCGUUUUGUAUUUGUUAAUAAACUCUUUUGAUAUCUACGCAACAUUUAUAAUUAGAAUACUUUCAUUUUAUGAAUUUCCAAUGGCAAGGAAAUUUCAUUGCAUAGUUUUGUUGGUUAGUUGUUUGUGUUGUUUUAAAGCGUUAAUCAAACAGUUUAUUUGCGACACCAUUUAUACUUUUAGUUAUUAACUUUUUGUUGGUUAAUUGGAUUAGUCACAGAAUCACUCGAGAGUGAAGCACGGGCACAAAACACAAGACAAGAUCAUGUAAAAACAUUUUCAAAACA